UGGUCAUCGUUUCGCGCGCUGGUCUCCCGCGCUUCGACUUCCACGUCCCUUAAUUUUCUCAAGAUUUACCGUUCUGUGAUAUUCUGAGGCAUAAAAUAGCAUCAGAAAGGAUUACGAGGAAUUUUCGUGUGUCUUAAUUCGUUGUAAACAAGAAGUUACGAUAUUAAAUAUUGAAUCAAAGGCAGCCAAGUAUACGUGCAUUAUGGCGAUCGGCUGCGUGUGAGCUUCGCGCGCUCUUUUACUUUUCGGCCUUUUUCCUGGGAAAAUUCUUCAGCAUACGCUACAGAAAUACAGUGGAUGUUCCAUCGAGGUGUCUGCGAGUCGUUGCUUAAAUUAAAAAAGCCUGUUCGCGUUGGGAAUAUUUUCUGAACACGUCGACAAUUCUACGACAAGAUGCCACAGACGAGUUUACAGGGAAAAAAAUCACAAACUUAUUUGCAAGGAGGCAAAGUUGCAACACAAUCUUUGAAACGGAAAAGACGUACAACAGAGCACUCUGAGGAUUCGGAGAAUGUGUAUCCUCCUAGUAAAAUACCAGCAUUGUCGAAUGUAUCAUAUACAGAGUCUUGUCAAUCAGUGCAUUCAUUGGAAAAUUCAUGCACAUCUCAUCAGGUAUCUCCAUUGAAGGAGCAACAGGAGCCAGCCACAUGGUCAGAACUACGAAAUGCCACUUGUUUCCUGACACCAUCUUCAUCCAAUAAUAUCACAAACAGACCUAGUCCUUUGCCUUCCUUUCCAUGGGCUGAUGGUUCCCAGGUCUGGUCUCUCAUGUGUCUGGGAGACCAGAAGACUGUUACCCAAAGGAACCCUCAGAUGUUUCAAAGGCAUCCAACAUUACAACCACGUAUGAGGGCAAUUCUAUUGGACUGGUUAAUUGAAGUCUGUGAAGUAUAUAAACUACAUAGAGAAACUUAUUACCUUGCAAUGGACUACAUAGACAGAUAUCUGUCCAUUCAUCAAAAUGUACCCAAGAAUCAGUUGCAGUUAAUAGGCAUCACAUGCCUGUUCAUAGCUGCCAAGGUUGAAGAAAUAUAUCCCCCCAAAAUAGCAGAGUUUGCAUAUGUCACAGAUGGAGCAUGUACAGAAGAAGAAAUUUUAGGAAAAGAAUUGGUCAUCUUGAAAGGUCUUAGUUGGAAUUUAUCUCCCAUUACUGCUCCUGGCUGGCUUAAUAUUUAUAUGCAAAUUGAGUCGGGUGAUUGGUCUAGACCAAGUGCCUUUAUCUACCCUCAGUAUGGGGGUCUACAAUUUUCCCAAGCUGCUCAAGUUUUAGAUCUAGCAACUUUGGAUGAAGGAAGUUUAAAAUUCCCAUAUAGUCACAUAGCAGCAGCAGCCAUCUAUCACACACAAGGAAGGGAAUGUGCCUUGAGGGUGUCACGCAUUCCAUGGGAGCAACUGGCACCCUGUGUCAAAUGGCUCACCCCUUUUGCGAUAAUAGCAGCAGAAGAAGGUUCUCAGUUCCUUUUAAGGUCUACAGUACCACCUGUGGAGUCUAAUUCUGGGUCUGGUCUCAGGGCAACAGUGCCCAAUAUAGUGAUGGAUGAAUCUCAUCGUAUCCAAACACACGUAGUCGACUUGAACAUGUUAGAAAGGGCACAGCAGCGAUUAGCUGAUGACAUCCCGUCUGUCGACGCAACUGAAUCCGAUUCUAAUACGGAGUCUGGAAGACAAAGCCCAAACGAUAGCGGCCUUUUAACUCCGCCAUCUAGUAGUCAGAAGAAUUCUACAACACCGUCACGUCCUCCGCCACAGUUGCAUCCAUAUACAUAAUUAUAUAUAUGUACACUUCAUUCUUGAACAUGAAGUGGUCUGUUUACCAACUGUUGGUGAAUGAUUUUAAUUAGACACUAUAGUGUGUAUGUCUACUAGGAGAUAUCGUUUCAUUGCUUCGAAUAACACUGCCAUCGUGUAAAUUUGCACGUGUGUUACAAACUAUGGGAUCGCAUCCGUGCACGGCAGAUACGGCACGUACUGUUAAUGUCGUAUAUAAUACGGUGCUUCUCUGUAUAAAUCCAUUGUUUCAUGCAAUGAUACUUCUAUUUGUUGUAGUAAGACUUACAGUACAAGGUGUUAACCAUUUUCAAUGGUGUCCGAAAGUGGCACAGAGUUAAUUUAAUUUUACUUAUUUUAUUAUAGACGUUUAAAAACAAAAAAGUGCCUUGUGUGAAGAAACGUAAACUUACAUGAUGGAAGCCUAUGGCUUAAUUUCUGUGAUUAUACCCCCGCAGUGAAACACGAUGCAUUAUAUUAAUACGUUAGGGUGAAUUAUCAGUUAUUAAUACUGCCAGAAAUUCAGAUUAGUGCCUUCAAAAGUGUCCUUAGAAUGCAACUGUUUUUAUUAGUGUCAAUUUAAAGGAGAGCAUUGUGAAUAGUAUUCUUUUAUAUAAUUCGCUUUAUUUUAACGCAGCGUAUUAUAACAAUGCGUUACUGAGCCGGGUGAAUGUAUUUCUAUGUAUAUGUACAUUGUGAGGUACUGUUAAUAAGUACACAAAAAAAAUAAAGAAUAGCGGAGCGGGUGCGAAGGAAUGAAUGCAUGAGCGAUAGAUAAGACUACUAAUUAUUGAAUAAGAAACUUCGUGAUCGAUUUACACUGCCUUGCAUGUAGUGACGCGGCGGUUUAUACACAUUUAUAUGAAAAAUUUGACAAUAAAUAUUUGUAAAUCUCACAUUUAAAUUGGAGAUUUUUCUUACACAG